UAGCUCACCGUGUGUUCUCCAUACGCAAGUUGCCGGAUUCCGUUCAAAAUUGCAUUUUUGAAACAAUCUCCGUUUGAAUUGCUACUCUGCUACUUUUGAAUUUCAAUAAAAAAUAGCCAUGUCUACAGUUGCGAGUGCGCUUUCUUUGGCCGGGACGCGAACGUCUGGAGCACCAGUCCGUACCCAAAAUGUAAUGGCGGCUUCGUCUAUUGCCAAUAUUGUAAAAUCGUCGCUUGGACCAGUCGGAUUGGAUAAGAUGCUCGUGGAUGAUAUCGGGGAUGUUACUGUUACCAAUGAUGGUGCUACUAUACUACGAUUAUUAGAAGUGGAGCAUCCAGCUGCAAAAGUACUUUGUGAAUUAGCACAGUUACAAGAUGAGGAAGUAGGUGACGGAACGACCUCAGUGGUGAUCAUUGCUGCGGAACUACUCAAAAAUGCUGACGAAUUAGUGAAACAAAAAAUCCAUCCAACCUCAAUUAUUGCUGGUUAUCGUUUAGCAUGCAAAGAAGCUUGCAAGUACAUAUCUGAACAUUUGACCGCUCCUGUUGAUGAGUUGGGUCGCGAAACACUGAUCAACGUAGCUAAGACUUCAAUGAGCUCUAAAAUCAUUGGUGCAGAUGCCGAUUACUUUUCGGCCAUGGUAGUGGAUGCCGCUCAGGCGGUAAAGAUAACUGAUACAAAAGGAAAUCCGCUGUAUCCAAUAAAAGCAGUAAAUGUACUUAAAGCGCAUGGGAAAUCAGCACGCGAGAGCGUAUUGGUGCAAGGAUAUGCAUUGAAUUGCACUAUUGCUUCCCAGCAGAUGCCCAAAAAGGUUACCAACGCUAAGAUAGCAUGUCUGGAUUUUUCUCUACAGAAGACUAAAAUGAAAAUGGGAGUGCAGGUACUAAUAACCGAUCCGGAAAAAUUGGAAGGUAUUCGCGCUCGCGAGCUGGAUAUUACUAAGGAAAAAAUCGAGAAAAUUCUCGCCACCGGAGUAAAUGUAGUCUUGUGUAGUGGAGGAAUCGAUGAUCUUUGUUUAAAGUAUUUUGUUGAAGCCGGUGCAAUGGCAGUGAGACGGGUGAAGAAGUCCGAUCUGAAACGCAUAGCCAAGGCGACUGGCGCAGCAUACCUAACGUCGCUGACAAGUAUGGAUGGAGAGGAAAAUUUCGAAGCCAGCUAUGUGGGUGAAGCGAUGGAAGUUUCACAGGAGUUUAUAUGUGACGACGAACUAAUUUUGAUUCGAGGUCCAAAAGCUCGUACCGCAGCAUCCAUAAUACUUCGUGGUCCUAACGAUUUUUAUUGCGACGAAAUGGAGCGCUCUAUUCAUGACGCAUUAUGUGUAGCGAAGAGAGUAUUAGAAGGUAAAAAGGUGGUUGCAGGAGGAGGUUGUGUCGAAGCAGCUCUUUCCAUAUAUUUGGAGAAUUUCGCUACUUCGUUAAGCUCUCGCGAACAAUUAGCUAUUGCAGAAUUUGCUAAAUCAUUGCUUAUAAUUCCAAAAACAUUAGCGGUAAAUGCCGCAAAAGAUGCUACCGAUUUGGUUGCGAAAUUGCGUGCCUAUCAUAAUUCAAGCCAAACUAAGCUCGAUCAUGCCCAUCUCAAAUGGUUUGGAUUGGAUCUGAUUGAGGGUGUCGUCAAGGAUAACAAAAAGGCAGGAGUUUUAGAACCAGCGAUGUCUAAAAUAAAAUCACUCAAAUUUGCCACCGAGGCGGCUAUCACUAUUUUACGUAUUGACGAUAUGAUUAAAUUAAAUCCGGAAGAGAAACCAGGAAAGAGCUAUGGAGAUGCAUGUGCUGCUGGAGAACUUGAUGGUUGAUUUAUCAUUAAGAGCAAUAAUUUCCCCAUUUUUUUCUCAGAAUCAACUGUAUUCUGUAAUUUUAUCUCGAUCGUUCAUAUUUUCAAAUCUAUUUCAGCAGUUAAUAUAAUUGUAAAAUUUUCAAUAAGCAACAAUAUGCACUGGGUGCACAUUAAAUUAUAUUCACUAUGCUUCUAAGAGAUUAGUUUUAACAUCGCUUUUCUAGUUUUUCAUAACAUUCUUCAUGAAGUAGAA